AUGGCUGGAAAAAGAGAUAAAGACAGAAGAUUAUCUAAAUCAUCUUUAUUUGGAACGCAAGCGUUUAUCAACAUACAUCGUCAAAAACAUUUUUCUUUAUCUCAAAGAAACAUAGAAACUGUAGAAUCUAGAGGUCAAUCUGGCGGCAGUAAUACAUAUUCAGUUUCGAACUCUGAUACUGACGAUGAUCAAAUUAUAAAAUCAGUUUGUAAAAUGAAGCCAUUGUCCAUUAAGUCACUUUUUUCAUUUGUUUCCGAAGCUAAUAAAUAUAUUUGUUUGAUGUGUCCAGAAAAUGGAAAACUUAUAUGUGGGCCUGAGCCAAAUCUGCGAAAACAUAUAUUUCAUAUUCAUAAAAAGCCGGAGUACCUUUACGAUUCUCAAAAAAAAAAAAUGCUCAAGAUCAAUUCCUCGAAACGCAGAACAGAGAUGAAAUAG